GCAGCAGGAUAUAUGAGUAAAAGAUCACAAACUAUAAAGUACGGGAAAUUUCUUGCUCAGCAUUUGUUCCUGAAAAACAGUGAGAAAGCAUCGUACAUUUCCUCUUCAUUUACUUGACGACAACAGAAAUAUGCAGAUCUUCGUGAAGACCCUGACUGGCAAGACCAUCACCCUUGAGGUUGAGCCAUCCGACACCAUCGAGAACGUCAAGGCCAAGAUCCAAGACAAGGAGGGCAUCCCCCCAGACCAGCAGCGUCUUAUCUUUGCCGGCAAGCAGCUGGAAGAUGGCCGCACCCUGUCCGACUACAACAUCCAGAAGGAGAGCACCCUCCACUUGGUGCUGCGUCUGCGUGGUGGAUUCUAAGAAAGCAACGCAACAGCUGAAACAUUCCUCACAAAAUGCAUGCUUUUUCUAGUGUUUAAAGCAUUAAAGCACUUUAAAAAUGAACAGAAUUGAAUUUAUCCUGGACCAGCUUUCCUUAAAGUUUAACAAACACACUUGUGAAAGAAUUGUCCUAUGUGUAAUUUUGUAACUGUCUUUUGCACCAGAUGCUUUGUAGUGAUGCCACAUGUUUCAAUAAAGAGCAAUGAGCAUUGAA